AUGGCUGGCCGCUGUUCAGCCCGCAUCUUCAACCAGACGACCUUGGGAAUUGAGGGAGCUGCUGUCUGGUCCGCCAGGGAUUCUGAGGCUGAGCCCUUGUUCUGGAGCAAGCAGGUCUGGAGAAGCUCAGUUCAGACAUCUCCCGACAUCAUUGACACUGUGGCUAUGUCUCAGCGACAUGCCAAAACUUCCCAAUAUGCAUAUUAA